GUGUCUAAACUGGUCCAUGCGAUAAAGAUGGGCUGGAUCAAACCUCGACGGGUGCAGGACGACACUCGGGGGCAUUUCUACGACCUCUGGGCAAGUGAGGACUCGUCCAUUCUGGCCAAACAUAGGAUGCACCUCCCCGCCCCCAAGAUCCCACUGCCUGGUCACCAUGAGUCCUACAACCCCCCACCUGAGUAUCUGUUCACAGAAGAGGAGCUCGCUCUGUGGGAGCAGCAGGAUCCGUCAGACAGGAAGUUGCCAUUUGUUCCCAAGAAGUUCUCGAGCCUCCGUCAGGUCCCGGCAUUUCCUCGUUUCCUCCACGAGAGGUUUGAGCGCUGCCUCGACCUUUACCUGUGUCCCAGACAGAGGAAGAUGAGGGUGAACGUGAAUCCAGAGGAUUUGAUCCCAAAACUUCCCAAACCCAAAGACCUGCAGCCGUUUCCUACAACACAGUCUCUGGUGUACCGGGGUCACAGCGGACUGGUUCGCUCCAUCAGUGUGUCUCCAUCAGGACAGUGGCUCGCUUCAGGUUCUGAUGAUGGUUCUGUGAGGUUCUGGGAGGUGUGUUCGUCUCGCUGUAUGAAGACAGUCCAGGUGGGUGGAGCUGUGAAGAGCAUCACUUGGAACCCAAAUCCUUCUGUCUGUCUGCUGGCUGUCGCCAUGGACUCCGUGGUGUUGAUCCUGUCUCCCUCUCUGGCAGACAAACAGGUCGUGUCAUCGUCAGAGCGACUCCUCUCAGGUCAGCAGGAGGCGGGGUCAACAGAGGAGGCUGGCCCUGUUACCUGGAGUGACACUGAGGGGGAGGAGCUAAACCAGGGGAUCCGCCUCAAAAUCCAACAUCCCAAAGCUGUCCAACAGGUAGCAUGGCACGCUAAGGGAGACUACCUGGCGUCGGUGAUGCCGGAUCACUCCAGCCACCUGCAGGUAUUCAUCCACCAGCUGAGCAAGAGACGGAGUCAGAACCCCUUCAGGAAGAACAAAGGUCUAGUUCAGUGUGUGUCCUUCCACCCUGUCCGGCCCUACUUCUUUGUGGCCACGCAGCGCUCAGUCCGGAUCUACAACCUGGUCAAACAGGAAAUGACAAAAAAACUACAGGCAAACUCCAAGUGGAUCUCCAGCAUGGCCGUCCACCCUGGAGGUGAUCAUGUGAUCUGUGGAAGUUACGACUGUAGACUGAGCUGGUUCGAUCUCGACCUCUCAACCAAACCCUACAAGAUGUUAAGACACCAUAAAAAGGCGGUGAGGGGUGUGGCCUAUCACAGAGCCUACCCUUUGUUUGCGUCAGCCUCUGAUGAUGGAUCAGUGAUCGUCUGUCACGGGACAGUUUACAAUGACCUGCUGCAGAACCCCCUGAUCGUCCCGGUGAAGGUCCUCAGAGGUCAUGUGGUCACUCACGACCUCGGUGUUCUGGAUGUGACCUUCCACCCCACACAGCCCUGGGUGUUCUCCUCCGGUGCGGACGCAACCAUUCGCCUAUUUACCUAGCAACCUGCCCGACAACCAACCAACAAUCUGUCCAGCAGAUGACCAGCUAACAACGAGGUUGCUAGGAUACAAGCUGUUGUAGAAACAUUUUGACUGUUUUCACCUCUAAUCUCAAAACUAUUAUUGUCUUUGUUUUUAAUUAAACUCAAACUCUCUGA